AGAUAUAUAUUCGAAGACAAGAAUCAGCUGAUUGUUAUUGUGGAUUGUGAUAUUGUGCAUGUAGAAUAUAAUUUCACAUUAUUUUUUCCAAGAAUCAUUUAUUUUCUUAUAUAUUAAAAACGCAAUGUCGUGAGAUAAUUUUAAAUAUGCUCUAAAUAUAUCAGUGAAUCUAUAUAUUUUACUAUACUAUGGCUGCUAAAGAGGAGGUAAACAAUGCAACAACCGAAACCAAGAUUGAAGAAGCACCGGAUUCAACGACAGAGGAUGCACCAACUAGCUUGGAAACCAUCCCUGAGGGAAACACUGUACGAAAUGGCCUUCAGACAGCGCAAAAGGAUAAAACGAAAAUUGAUAUACUCCUGAAGGCCACUGCCAAUGCUCCGAUUAUGAAGCAGAAAAAAUGGUCAGUCUGCCAAGAUAAUCCCAUCGGAAGGAUUUCCGAAUUUAUUAAAAAGUACCUCAAGUUGGAUCCCAAUGAGAGAUUAUUCCUUUAUGUUAAUCAGACGUUUGCACCUGCUCCUGAUCAGACAGUUAAAAAUUUAUACGAUUGCUAUGGCGCAGAUGGAAAAUUAGUCAUUCAUUAUUGUAAAAGUCAAGCCUGGGGUUGAGAGUUAAUUUUUGUCAUUAAAAGCAUAAUAUACAAGUGUUCCAUUAAAUAACUUAUUGUGAUAAAACUCUCUUUAUAUUUGUGAUAUUGUGUCAUCAAGAACUUAGCUUUAUGUUAUUAGAUUUAUUUUCAAUAGUAACAUUAAAAUCUCUGAUAAAUUAAUCAAUUUAAUUGAUGGAUUAUUGUUUCACACAUUAUUUGAUGUAAUAGAUCUUCUGCUACAUACAUCUGAA